AUGGAUGCUCCUGGCAGUAGCAAAGCUGCAAUUGGGCCCUCUGGCAUGCUUCCUAGGAUCCAGAUCCCACCAAAGCCCAUUCCAGAUCCCUUCCUAUUACGCAUCCUACCUGGAAUAGUCCUGUUUUCAAUUAUCGUGUUUGGCAUUGCAGUCAAUUCACAUUUACGGCAUGGCCAGGACAAGAACAUAUGUAAAAUGACUUAUAUGUAUCCAAACUAUGUCAAACUCGAUGGCCCGUCACUCUCCGCUACACGGACAUCUGCCAAGUAUUCGCUGUGGUUGUAUAAGGAAGGCCAGCAGGUUGAUGAGCACGUCAAGCUUGAUGGAUAUCCAGUCAUCUUUAUCCCUGGGAAUGCUGGAUCAAGUCGACAAGUUCGAUCUAUUGCUUCUGUAGCUCAUAAUCAGCAUAGGGAUAGCUCGAAUAGGACGAGGAAGCUGGAUUUCUUCGCUGUGGAAACGAAUGAAGAAAUGUCGGCCUUUUCUGGACGACUGAUAUUAGAGCAGGCCGAAUAUGUGAAUGCUGCAAUACCGUACGUCUUGUCUCUAUAUCCGCGCAAUUCACGGUUGCAGGUCUCCGUGCUGGCUCAUUCUAUGGGAGGUGUCGUAGCUAGGACUGUAUUUACACUUCCGGCCUACCGUCGCGGCACCAUAGAUGUGAUAUACACACUCGCAGCACCGCAUCAGAAUCCUCCCGUAGCUCUAGACUGGAAGCUGACGCAAGUAUACGACCACGUCAACGAGUAUUGGCGGAAUGGAACACGGAUGGAACGAUACGGUAAUCAUACUAUUGCCAAUGUAGCUGUAAUAUCUAUAGCUGGUGGUAAUCAUGACGAAAUGGUGUCGUCCGGACUGACGGAAUUGGAUGCACUCGUUCCUCCUUCGAGAGGAUUGACUGUGUAUUCUACGGGCAUACCAAACGUAUGGACACCUUGCGAUCAUCGUCAGAUACUAUGGUGUAACCAGCUCGUCAAGGCAAUAGCAACGUCAUUGGCCAUGAUUUGUGGACGGAAAGAAUGGACUGCAAAUCAAAAAGUAGAUCAAUUGCGCCCACAUUUGACUAGUGGGUUUAUGUGGACGCCUGGAGAAUACCCGUUAGAGAAACCACCAUAUGUCGAGUUUCCUAGCAAUCUCAUUGAAGAACUGGUGUCUGUAGAAUCCGCAUUCCGUAAACCAGCACCAAGUACCACUCGAACGAUAAAGUUCUUUCCUAUACCGCAGCAUUUUAGAGUAGAAUUAGAAAUCAUCGCUGUUAAAAAGACCGCAGAUGGGAAACCACCAUUCAUGAAUAUCUAUUCGUGUUCACAUCCCGUAAAGGGCAAUUCGACUAAGGCUGAAUGUCUGGGUGUCAAUCACAUUCAUUGGGUGCCUCUUCCGUUGGCGUCCAGUAGCAAAGGUGCUGAUUAUGAUCUUAGAGUGUGGCAUGCUACUGUACUCAACCCUCUGUUUGGGUUUAACAAUUACCUUGCAUUGGAUGUGCUGGGUGGCGGCGAGAUAUUUAGUGCUGAGUACAGUAGUGGUAAACUGGGAGAGCCUUUCGAUGCAUCUUUGCUUGAUCUCGUCAAAGGUGUAUCCAAAACCUUUGCAUCUUAUCGCAUUAUAAAUGCAAUCCAUGUGUCUGCUAUAACAAGUGAUUUGCUCAAGUACAAAGUCAGCUACAACUCAUCAUGCGAGCGAACUCCAUCAUUCUGGCCCAUUCUACAUGGAUCAAGCCCCCCUUCAUCGGAUGAAAAAUUCCUAAGCUCAAAGACACCUUCCAGCUUCUCGUUCUAUGCAUCACCAAACAAUCCAGGCCCACAUGUCCUGUUCAAAAUCAUUACCGACAAGGCAUGUGAGUAUGGAAACACUACUAUUCAUCUCAAACUUGAUCUCUAUGCAAGCGCUGGUCGUUUGGUAGAACGAGUUGGAAUAGCUUGGAUUGUGUUUCCUGUUGGAAUGGGGAUUGCGUGUUUGGGGUACUUUGGAUGGCAAAAGCAAGACCCGUCCUUCCCUCGAGCAUUCGUAGACCAUAUGCUAUCAAUGCCAUCUCCCGUAGUAACACUAUUUGGCACAGCAGUCUUCCAAUCCCGCUUUGAUUCAUUCGCACUAGCAGUAAUACCCCAACGACACUUUUACACAGCAACAGGCCAUGCCCUGAAAACUGCCACAAAGAAUCUCAUGCUAGGCAUAUCUGAUAUAUACCUCCCGCCAAUCAUACCCGCUCUAUACAUCUUUUCAGGUUGUUUAGCCCUCGUCGUAUGGUGGUUGUUGGGAUGCCUCGUAAGGCUGUUUGCAACGUUGGGAUUCUUUGCGAAAUGGAAUCCUCGACCGCCAGCUCCCAUGUCUGGAAUUGUGAGAAAGACGGCUGUUAUAUCUAGUGUCUUGUUUGUGUCUGUGGUACCAUCUAUUGUCUUGCCGCAUCAUGUAUUGGUUGCUGCUGCUCUGCUUGUGCAGUUUUGGAAGUGUGUCACUUCGAGGUUGAUGUUGUGGGGGCAUCCAAAAAGCUUCCAUGCAAAACGAGUAAACGCAUACCGGGAAAUGAAUCUGGCACUCAUCAGCUACUCUAUGCUUCUCUCUGGACCUGGUCUCUUAGCAUGGUUGAAGGAUGUCACGUCUGGGUAUAUACCAGCACAAGGAUGGACUUCAAACUUGAUUGACUCUUCGUCUGCUGUUAUAUUGCUGUGCUUUGUAAUGCUGGGACAAGAUCAGGUUCCUCGUCUUGGGGAAUGGACAUUUCGUUUAAUCCUAACAAUUGCUGUAUUAAUCAUCUUGUUUGGUGUACAGAUGCCUUACGCUGUACUAAAUCUAGAAAGUGGAGCUCGUCUCCUCUUGCUCUUUUCGUCUCUCAUGUCAUGA